UGUGACCGAGGGCGGGGCGCCUGCGCCCUGCGCAGGCGCGCAGAUCGUGGGUGGCGGGUCAGCUGAUCCGAGGUGCGGUCUUCAGGUUUUAGGACGGUCACUUGGUUCUGUGAGCUGCAGCAGCCAUGGCCAGCCAGUCGCAGGGAAUCCAGCAGCUGCUGCAGGCCGAGAAGCGGGCCGCGGAGAAGGUGUCCGAGGCCCGCAAGCGAAAGAACCGUAGGCUGAAGCAGGCCAAAGAAGAAGCUCAGGCUGAGAUCGAACAGUACCGCCUGCAGAGGGAAAAAGAGUUCAAGGCCAAAGAAGCUGCGGCCUUAGGAUCGCACGGCAGCUGCAGCAGUGAAGUGGAGAAGGAAACCCAGGAGAAGAUGGCCAUCCUCCAGACCUACUUCCAGCAGAACAGAGAAGAAGUCCUGGAUAACCUCCUCGCCUUUGUCUGUGACAUCCGGCCAGAAAUCCAUGAAAACUACCGCAUCAAUGGAUAGAAGAAGGAAACACCUGUUCUGUGGAUUAGGAUUGUAGAUGCUCUCAUGGAAUAUGAAGCUUUAGCAAAGUCGAUUUCUGUUCUUAAGAAAUGCAUUAAAUUAUUUCUUAUGUUGUGUAAUAAAUAGUUCCCUUCACUUUUUGGAGAGUAGCAUAUCUAGCUUCUUUGGACAAACUUUGUACUUUAUCCAAAGAUUUCAUCUUUUUACCUUGUAUUUCUUAGAAAUUUAAUGAGUAUAUGUUGUCUGUUUUCUUAUACCUUUUAGCUGAAGCACCAUGUAUAUCAGUGUUGACUUUUUCAUUCUUAGAUUUAAUAAGAAAAAGAAAAAACAGUUCUUUAAAGAAAGCAAGGGAUUAUAAAUAACUUUUUUCCCUUACACUUUCUUAAAGGUCAGGGGCUUUAUGUAUGAAAAAGUAGUAAAUAGUUAUUUGUAACUUGUAUUAUGCAGCAGCCAGCCUUAAAGUAGUAUAUUUUGAGGAAGGAUUAGAACAGCUAAUACUAGUAUACUUGCUUGGGCUGCGCUUAGUUUAUUUUAACCAAAAUUACUAGAUGAGCCAGGUGUGGUGGUGCACUCCUAUAAUCCCAGCACUCGGGAGGCUGAAGCAGGAGGAUCACAAGUUUGAGGUUGGCCUGGGCUACAUAGUUAGAUCCAGGCCUGCUUGGACUAUUAGUGAGACCUUGUCUCAAAUCAAAACAAAACAAAAAAAUUUACUAGAUGAUAGGACUUAAGAACUUGUUAAUUAUUUGGUGUAUUGAUAAUCAUUUACUAGUAAAAGUAAAGACUUUGUCAUGCAUUUUCA